UGUUCAGCUGAGACUUGGAGAAUAUUCUGAAAGUCAAUAUUUAUUCAAUAAUCUUUCAAAACUCCAAACGUUGGAUUUGAGUAUGAAUUCACUAAAAUUCUUACCAUCUUAUCUUCUUCGUGACCAAAACAAAUCAAUACACACUAUCAACCUCGACAACAAUUUCUUUUCGUCCAUUCCAUUUACAAUGUCACUGUUGAAAAACCUUUCAAAUCUGUCACUUCGUUACAAUAGGUUCUCUUCGUUCCAGUCAUCUGAUAUUGCCAUCUUGAAUCAGCUGAAAAAAGUAAGAGUUUUCAUCGAAGGUAAUCCAAUUAGUUGCGCAUGCUCAAAACUUUUAACCUUGAAGUGGAUGAAGGAAAACCAAAUACACAUUGCAGAUCUGCAAAUUACAAAAUGCAUUCAAAGCAAUCAAACUUUGUCGGACCUUUUUCAUGAUGAUACCUUCAGAACACUUGAACUGAACUGCCAAUCCAAAGAAUGGCUGAUAUACACAACUUUUGUCCUCUUUGUCAUCAUUAUCAUAUUGAUUUCAGCGGGUGCAGUGAAAAGAUAUCGCGUGCACGUAGAUUACGUCAUCUUACGAUUGCGCAACAGAUGGAAAGGUGUCAUGAAAAAUAGAUCAAAUGAAGAUCAUGAGUUUGAUGUGUUUUUGUCGUAUUCUGAGCACGACUACGCAUGGGUGAUUGAUAUAUUGUACGAAGAAUUAACGAAACAACGCAUCUGUGUAAGUCUACCUGAGAAAGAUUUUAUUCCCGGCCUUUCUAAAGCUGAAGAAAUGUUAAGGUGCAUCGAUAACAGUCGAAAAGUAAUUUUUAUCGUCACAGAGGAGUUCUUGAAGAGUGGAUGGGAGUCUUACGCUGUUCAAAUGACAGUUACUCAUGCUUUUCAUAACCACAAAGAGCAAUCUAUCAUUGUUUUAAUGAAAGAUGAUAUUUCUACUGAAAAUAUGCCUAAAGAUUUAAGAUACAUAUGGUGGUGUAUAGAAGUGAUAAAUAUGUCCGAUUUUCACAACAAAGUAGACUGUUCCAUCUGGGAUCAUAUUGUUUCUCUCUCGCGUCCAGAUUUAAAGAGUGCACUUACGAGUACACAACAGCUUAAAAAAUUGCAUUCCUUGUUAUUCUAG